CGUGGUAUGAGAGUAACAGAAAAUGAUUUACAACAAUAUCAGUUGAAUCAACAUAUAUUAAAUCGUUCAUUUUUAUCAGCAUCCGUUGAACGUCAAGUAGCAGAAAUGUUUGCUGGUGAAGGACAACAGUUGAAAAUGAGGCAAACAAUUGAUCAUCGACCAAUACAAUUUUCAUGUUUAUGUCAAUAUUUGGUAAAACAAAAAUCAACAUGUUUAAAUAUUCAGCAUUUAUCAAUGAGACCAGAAGAAAAAGAAGUUUUAAUUCUCCCUUUUACGGUUUUUAAGAUUAUUAAAAAAAAGACAAAUUAUCUUGAAGAUCCAGCAUCAUCAAUUUCAGUUGAAAUUGAAUUAGAAGAAUGUGAAGAUAAUAAUGAUGACAAUGACAAAAAAGAAGAGACAUGUAAAAGAGAAGAUGAAAGUCUUGGAUUAAUUUUUAUUUUUGUAAUUAAAAAUGGCUCUAGUGGUCCUGUACGUAUGACAACAUUUCCACCACAAAUAGAUGAUGAAGGUAUGCAGUGA